AUGUGCAUUCUGUUUGUUUACGUUGGUGACGGUUCCGCACCGGGGCGGUACCGAUUAGUGUUAGCAUCGAACCGGGACGAAUUCUAUACCCGACCGGCCAUGUCAGCCGCACCAUGGGAGGAAAAUCCGCGUGUCAUUGGUGGUCGUGAUAUGGAACCGGGUCGCGAAGGUGGUACGUGGCUUGCGAUCGGUAACCAUCCCGAAGGACGAAUUAAACUCGGAGCACUGCUGAAUGUUACCGGCGAAAGUAAAGCUAACGUUAGCAAUGGUCGAGGACCGAUCGUGGCUAACUUCCUUACCGGAGAGCUAACCGGCCGUGCGUACAGUGAACAGUUGCUUGCUGAGGACAACUUUGGUGCGUUUAAUUUUGUCUCGAUCGAGUUAGAUGCGACAGUGUCGAGCGGGGGAAUUGGUGAACAAGAAUGUCCGGAGGGACAAGCUCAUACCAUCCCCGGAGGUACUAUUCUACAUACAAGCAAUGCACCGCACAGUAUUGACACGUGCAAGACCGGCCAAGCGCUAGGUUUCGGAAAUAGUACGCUGGACAAACCGCUACAGAAAGUUUGCCGCGGAAGGGAACAGUUUGCCGAAAUCGUGACUAGACGUAAUGUUCCCUUUGCGGAUAAGGAUGCUUUCGUGGACGAGCUUAUGGGACUGUUGAGGAACGAUGUACGCCACUUCCCGGACGCAGAAUUGACGAGGCGUGCUGGACAGCACGCAGAAUUUCUAUCGAGCAUUAACGUGCGCAUGCCUGGCGGAGGCUACGGUAGCCGAACGCAUACCGUGAUCUUGAUCGAUCAAAGCAACCACAUGGAAUUCAUCGAGGAAACGUUGAUCGGCACCGAUCCUCAAACUGGCGAAUGGAUAACGACGAGAAUUGAACGUGAAUUCUCCUAA